GAAACUUUCUGUGGUCAAACCAAGAAGUUAAAAAUAAACCAAACUUAUUUCAUCAUUCUUUAGCGAUUUAUGACGCAAAUUAUUUAUAAAUAAUUGCAAAAAUUUUCUCAGCCACGUUUGCACACCGUUAAGGAUGAUGGGUUUGUGUGAUACGUCUGUACAAUAGACAAUCUAGCGCGAAGCGAACCGCUGUGUUUGCUGCAGUGAGUGGAGACCUUAGCUAACAGUUUACCCCGAGGAUGACCUGACCGCCGUGACCUAGUUGGCUCGGUCGCCCAUUUCACCGAUCCAGGUAGAGCGAGUAGGAGAGGAGGAGGAGGAGGAGGAGGAAGAAGAGGCAGUGGUGGUAGUCGUGGCAUGCGUAUGGGCAGCAGUUGGAAGUGGCAGCUCUCCCGGGCCAUGAGACUCGCCCUGCGCUGUUGUCGGCUCUGCCGCCUGCACAGAGGAGGAGGAGGAGGGUGGUGGAACAAGUCGUGGAUCGGCCGCAGGUUGUUGGAGCAGUGGAGUUACAGCAAGCUGCUGCUCAAGUCUCUGUACUACAACAGCCUCAGCAACUCAGACACACUGCUGGACUGCGUGUUUGAACCCAUCUACUGGAUCGUGGACAACGUGACGCGCUGGUUCGGAGUGGUGUUUGUGUGUCUGGUCGUCCUCCUCACGACCUCCGUCGUGGCGGUCGUCUACCUGUUCGUCCUGCCCACGAUCUUCAGCACGUACCCCGCGCACUGGAUCGCCUGGCACCUCUGCUUAGGCCACUGGCUUCUCGUCAUGAUCGUCUUCCAUUACUACAAGGCCACCACCACCUCUCCUGGAAACCCACCCAAGGACAAUGUUCAUAUCCCCUCAGUGUCCGUCUGUAAGAAGUGCAUCACACCCAAACCUGCCAGAACGCACCACUGCAGCAUCUGCGACAUGUGUGUUUUGAAGAUGGACCAUCACUGUCCCUGGCUCAACAACUGCGUCGGCCAUUUCAACCAUCGCUACUUCUUCUCCUUCUGCCUCUACAUGACCCUCGGCUGCAUCUACUGCAGCGUCAGCAGCCGCAAACUGUUCCUGGAGGCGUACAACGCUGUGGAGAGUUAUUAUCAGACUCCGCCUCCCACGUUCACCUUCAGAGAAACCACGGCUCACAAGAGCGUCAUCUUCCUCUGGGUCCUGACCAGCUCGGUGGCAGUGGCUCUGGGAGGACUCACGCUGUGGCACGCCAUACUCAUCUGCAGAGGCGAGACCAGCGUGGAGCGACACAUCAACAACAAAGAGACCAGAAGACUCCAAGAACAGGGCAAAGUUUUCAGGAAUCCGUUUCAUCACGGCAGAAUGAAGAACUGGAAGUUGCUGCUCGGUGUCGAAAAAAGGAGUCACUGGAUCACGCGGGUUCUGUUUCCCUCCGACCAUCCUCCCAGUGGAGACGGCAUCAUGUGGGACUGCAUCUUCACCAGGAGAGACCCUAUGGCCAUCUGACCUUCUGACCUUCUGACCAGCCAUUCCUUAAGUUUUAUUAUUAUUAUUAUUAUUAUUACUACUACAUCAGAAGCAUUUUCCCUGCAUCAGACUGCAAUCAUUUAACAAAGGAAAAAGAUGCUUUUGCUGUGUGAAUGUGUUUGGACGUAAUUAACUAGUGAUCACCCUGUCACUGCAGACGUGAGAUUAUUUUUUAAAAAGGUGCUGCUGGUCAGUGCAAAACAUUCACUUUUUGUUUCUCCCUAACAUUUGUGAUUCAUUUUAGUGCAGUCUUUGCACCAGCACAACAACAACAACAACUCUGUAAAAUCCAAACAAAUAUCAACAUAAACCUGUGUGUCUUUGAGCUGAGGACAAAUCCAAGGAGACAUGUAAAGAAAGUUCAGUUCCAGCUGUAUAGAGACAGUUAAAGGUGUUUGUGUAUAAUGUGUUGCGCCCCCUGCUGGCCCUCUGAGCCAACAUGGCCUGCCUCAGUCACUGAUAUCAUUGAAAUAUGUUUACUUUAUCUUGCUUUUAGACAAGUUUUUCUGUCUGGAAAGUGAAGUUUGUGUGGAUCUUGCACUGCACUGCUUACUCCCUGCACCAAAAUACAUAGAGAAAAUCAGCAAUUUUACAGCACACAGGGGUUGUUUUAAAUGUGUGUUAUUUUAGUGUGUUAAAUCCCAUAUUUGGAACAAACUAACCAAACGAGGGAGCAGCAGAUCAAGUUUCCCUGUGAGCUAAAAAUGAUGAUUUUCUCUAUGGCCUUUGGUGUGGGAGAGAGGGACCACUUUACAACCUCAGGUUUCCAGUUGGGGAAAAAGCCGUCUAACUGUGAGAUAAAGUGGGUUAACAUAUUUUUAAAGUAUCAUAGACUUUAGCACGCUUAAAAAAAAACAACCUGAGCUGUAUCACUGUAUGGCAACCCUGUAACUUUUUUACAACUUAAAAUAACCACUUUGACGUCAUUUUUGCUGCGUAAUAGAGAUUUUGUGAGAUAUUUCUUACUACUGCUGCAUGUUUACACGUGUAAUGUCAUCAUAUCAUGGUUUUUUUGUAGUGUAAAGCUGAUGUCCUGGUGCCAAAGAGUGAAACAAAAACAAGACUUUUCUUUUUCACGUCUCUAAAAUGUCGGACUUGAAAUCUAUGAAACACAAACAGAAGCUGUUGUGUGCCUUGUUUUUUUUGGGGG